AUGUCUUCAGCAGAAGUACUUGUACGAUUCGAGCUGCUGGACCUGAUGGUAAAAAUGGUGGCGCCGAUGAAAGUAGUGUGGAGAAGAGUGGGUGGGGCGGGUCUAAUUUGGGGAAAAAAUUUUCCAACGCUAAAGGAGAUUUGCAAGGGACUUGAUAAAUUUGUCAUAGGUCAAGAGCGUGCAAAAGAGCUCAUAGAAGAUCAUUUGUCAUCAACUGAUGAGGCACAAAAUAGACCUGAUUUGAUUAGUCGUGUAUUCGGGGCCAAAAUAGAAGAGUUGAAGACAGAUAUAUUAAAGCGAAAUGUCUUCGGAAAAGUUGUUGCUUUUAUGUACACUGUGGAGUUUCAGAAACGAGGUUUGCCUCUAAUUGAUGACUUUGAGUUCACUCGUGAAUGUGCAAUAUUUGAUCUUUUGGAUAUUCCACUUUAUCACGGUUGGAUAGUUGAUCCACAGGAUCAUGAUACUGCAAAUGCAAUUGGAUCAAAGUCGUAUAAUACUUUGAUGGGGGAGCUUGUUGCCCUUGAAACCCAAAAUAUGGACACUGAGAAUAAGAAAAGUUCUGAAGAUGAUGAUGUUGAUUUUGCUGCUGCUACAACUGCAGCACUAGGGGUACCUUCUCCAUGCCUCUCGAGAGGGAGAUCAUUUGAAGAUUCUCCUGUUUCUAUUACCGAUAACCAUACAGCCAGAAAAGGAGAUAUUGAAGAAGAAGCAGAGCUGUUGAAAGCCCUUCAAUUAUCUGAAACUUCAUUAGUAGAAACUGAUGGACUGAAUUCCUUAGGUGAGACAGCAAAUCUAAAGUGUCCAGAGCCGAUGGUUCUUACCAAGACAUCAGAAGGAAAUGAUAUUGAGACGACACAACCAGUUUUGCAGCAUGAAGCAUUGAUACCCACAGAAGUAAUAGUAUCUAACAAUAGAGAUAUAUCUGGUGAUGCCGAUCCAAAUAGUUCCCAAAUAGUCUCCGGAGCACUGAUUAAUUCAUCCCUGAAAAUUGAUCAGGAAACCCCUCCCCAAGAACUUGGAAAUGCAAAACUGCUGGCUGAAAAUGAGAGUGUACCUCGUGAGUCAGGACAUGUUUCUUCAUCUGCUUGUGAAAAUCAUGAGCAUCUAUCUGGAGGUACGAAUGGCAUUCAGGGAACACACACUAUUGCUGGAAAUGGGAAUNAGGCCCGUGUGUCACGUGUAUAUGAUGAU